AUGGCUCGUCGCUCCGUGCUGGCGCUGGUGGGCAGCUGCGCCCUGACCGGAGGCCUCGUCUUCGUGCCCGGCUUGCUGCCCAGCGCAGCUCCGUCUCGGACUGGCAUCCGAGCUGGCCAGCAGGCCGAUCUCGUGGCAGCCGCCGGGGAGAGCAGCAAUGUCGGCGCGUUGCCAGGCCUCUUUGGCGGCGUCGUGCUCGGCCUCCUCCUGAGCCUGGCCACCGCCUCGCCCGCCUUGGCUGAGGACGCCCCCGCGGCCGACGCGGCGCCCGCGGCCCCGGCCGCCAAGGAGCUCUCGGACGAGGAAAUCUUGGCCAAGGGCUGCGAUAUCCGUGUGGACUGCAAGACCCAGGAGGAGCAAUUCCGUUGGGCGAAGGCGUAUUACAGGAAGUACAACCGGGAAACCGACGGCAAGGACCCUAAGUACGCCGAAGCCUCUACGGGUGCAGGCACCUACCGCAAGUACAAGGUUGACCUGUACAUUGAAAGCACGGGAAUCCCGAGCACGACGGACGGCACCUACCAACUCUCCGCCUCAUCCCAGGCAUUCAAGCCUAUCUGGGAGCAGUACAACAAGGACCUGCGCGAGAGAUAUGCGAAGGUCUACGGCGUCUCAGAUGAGCCCAUCCGCUGGAACAAAGAAUACUAUGACGAGAAGCUGAGCCCGUUCAAGACCCUGGGCUAA